AUGGCAUCUGAAAAAGUCACAUUCGAACAAACAGUUCAAAAAUUAUCUGAAGCUAAUAUUAGCAGUAAUAGACGUCUGAAUACCUUGGAAACAAAACUAGAAGAAAAACAACAACAAUGGGAACAAUUGACUGACAACCUUCGAAUUCAUAUCCAGUUUACUAAAUUCCUAAUCUAUACUAAAGUAUAGAAUAAAAAGUGGAAUGUUGUAAUUUUAUUCUGAUAUUUGCUCAAAAAAAAAUGUCUCAGUGUAUUGAAAGGUUAAACCGAAAUGAAUGUUUCUCUCUUGAGAUAUACAAAUCUUAAAAGAAGCUACAGAUUCCGAGCUUUCACUAAGGAAAUGUGAUUUAUGAGGGAGAUUAUAUAUCGAGAUUGAAAUAUCCUUUUUGAUCUAGACUUUCAGCAAAGCUUAGUAAUACUGGCACUUCCUGUGGGAAAAUAUUAGAUUGAAAUUCAAAGAGUCAAUCCUGUAUGACAUACCUUGAUACAGACGAAAAAUUUAGUCAAAUGAAAGUAACUCUUAGAAGAAGAUCCAGUGCAAUAAUUUAUUUUAGAUUUUGCCUAGUCUCACUAGAUCAAAUCUAAUAAAGAAUAUGUGAUCUUUGAAGCUUUUUAUCUCUUGAAAUGGCUCUAUUGUGAGUUUAUCAAACAAUGUAUCAUACCUCAAAAUGAAGAUUUAGUUAAAAUCAUGUUUUUAGUUAAUUAUAAUCAGUGUAUAAUUCAUUUCCAUGGAUUUCAAUCAAAGUUAAAAUCAAUAUUAUGCGUAACAAAAUUAAAAUUAAAAUCUAUUACUAUUUCAUUGAAAACGUAACAAAAAAUGGCCAUGAGUUCGUAAAAAGUUAAAAUCAAAAUAUUCGAACUCUCAUGACUUCAGGGCUGGCCCGAGUCAGUAAACAUUGGGGGGGUUGUCACGAUUUUUUCGGGGGUUGUUUCGGGUAUUUUUAAUGCGAAUAAAACUUUUUUCUAACACU